AUGAAUAAGAUUAAAGCAAUACAGAAAAUAAAUGAAAACGAAUUAGAAAACGGGGUCUUAUCACCUUCACUUUCUUGGCACGAUACAUAUAAGGAUCAGGCAUACAUAUAUAUUGGUAGAUUAAAUAAAGAUCUUACAGAAGGUGAUAUUCUUACGGUAUUUUCUCAAUUUGGGGUGCCCGUUGAUAUCAAAUUGGUAAGGGAAAAUGAAACUGGUUCUUCGAGAGGUUUUGCUUAUUUAAAAUAUGAGGAUCAACGUUCAACAAUAUUAGCAGUGGACAAUCUUAAUGGAGCGGAAAUUGCCGGAAAUGCUAUUGUUGUAGAUCAUAUUCUAUAUGAACCAAGAGGUGAUGACUUAGAUUAUGAAGAAGCAGUGACUAAAGAAUUAAAUAAAGACUAUGUAGAGAAGAACCCCUGA